AUGGGAGGUAAAUGGAACGUAACCCGUCUGUUAAACGUUUUCGCUGUGCAAUGGGAAGCGAUACUCAUCCUCGAUCCGAAUAACAAAGCGGGUGGUGUAUCAACCGCGGUGGGAGCGGAGACUUUCGCGCAAUUAAAACGACCGGAAGUGAUAAUUAACCAGCAGCCUUGGGAAAGGAUAGACGACGGAAACGCGGAUGACGUGAAAAUGGUGCAACGAGCUGGGAAGAAAAAUGGCAAGGGGGCGAUCAAGUCUCGACCGUUGGAUCCGUGCUCGAGGAAGAGGAAGAGGAAGCAGAGAGAGCGAGAAGCGAGAGCGAAGCUCGAAGCGGAGAAGCAGAAGCUUAAAACGGAAGAGGAGGAACGUUUACGAAAAUGGGAGGAAUGUUGGGAGAGGAAGCUUCGGGAGCAAGAAGAACGAGACAACGUCGAGUGCUGCAUGGCCGAAGGCCUCUGCUCGAAGCCGAGAACUCGAUCGAACAUCUGGGUCAACGUGUCCCGCGACAGAUCCAUUCAGACAAUACACAUGACCUUCAAGCACGCUCCAGUCCCAAGACCGAAGCCUCCACCUCUACCACCACCGAAGACAUCCAAGCCACCAAAGACAUCCGAGCACGCAUCCACGGAUAGAACCUCGGGAAAGAAAAUCGACAAGAAAAUCGGUACCAGAGGUGCCAAGAAGAAGCAACCGUUCGAUCCCAGAAAUGGAUACUUACCUUAAACGUUUGGAAAAAAUUCGGUCGGAUCGCUGCAGCUGCGUGAACGGUGACGCGUUAUUCUCGUCGUUGGAAGUACAUUCACCGAACUACCGAAAUGGAAAUAGUCGCGAAACGGGAGAACGAGAGCGAACGCGAAGACAUCGCCACCGCGGAGACGUUUCGUUCGGCUCGGUGCACGCGGUCGCAAAAAGUUCUACGCUGCGCGCAAACAGAUUCAUUUUUCCCGCGUAUUCGCGAACUAACGAACUUUAAGACACGUAGAUGCGGAGAUGUAGUUGAUUCGUAACAAAUUCUCGCCGUUCUCGGACAAACUAUCGGUUCAUCGAACAUGUAUAAAUAGUGACUCGACAGUGGUGUUUCGCUAGUACCGAGAAGAAUCGCCUUCGAAGAACUGCAUUAAAUUUCACGCGUGACUCCUUGAAUGCACAAGCUCGGCACUGAACAUGUGCGUUUAUCGUAGAGUUCGUAUACUUCGUAACGUUCGCCGACGAGCUUCGAACGUCGACAAGGACAGCGAAUAAAGAAUAUCGAAUUAGAAUACCGGGUUACGUUACGCUACACGGCGAUCGAAAUAGAGUAGAGAAAUUUGUGCAUUUAAGGAGACAUUACCGUGUACCGUCAUUUCGCUGACUAGUUGAAACGAGUCCAGCCUGAAACCCAUCGAAUAUCAUCCCACCGGAGUAUACAAGACCUCCGGCGUCCUAAAGCACGCUCCAGUUCCAAAUCUGUCCUCGCGAAGCGUCGGUAAUUAGGACGUUUACCUUGUCCUCCAGAGAAAAGGACGUUGCACGAAAGGGGACGUUGCACGCCAGGGCGUUAUUCCCUAGGAGCUGGACGAGGUAGAAGCGAGAGGUAGCGA